GGGUGCCGUCCACCACCAUUAUUUCACAGAGCCUCUGACUUCUUUUUAAUGGUGGAAAUCUGGCUUUUAGUCCAUUUAAAAAAAAAUAACCUUUUAAACUCAUUUAUUAUGAAAGUAUGCAUUUUGAGUAAAUGGAAUAUAACAGUUUAAGCAUAAUACAGUAACUUUGAACAUUGGCUGUGGUAAUCUUUAACUAUUGGCUGUGUUUUUCAGUACCUAGGAAUGCAUUGUACCAUUGUUUUUGCUACAGCUGUGUGCACCAUGUGUUUCUCACAGCAUCAGCACUUAGGCCUCAUAUUCUCUUUCCUGGAUCUCAUAAUAUCCAGACUAUUCUAUAUAAGUGCUUUUUCUAUGUUUGAUAUAAAAAUACACUAUAAUAUAGAAAAAAUAUACUAUAGUUGACUGAAUGACUAUUUGCCUACUCAGUCUUAGGGAAACCCUGUAUAAUUAGUCUGACCCUGAUCACAUGAGUAUAGAGGGUGCUUACAUAGACACUGUCUUAUGUUUAAAAACAACUGGAUGGAGUGCAACAAAAUGCAGGUUGCGUCAAGAUGCUUUUUUUAAAAAGUUGCACUAUUUUUAUCUUGACAAGCUUUCUAUAAAGCUGUCUAAGCCCCUGUGUACACAUUGUAUUAAGAUGCAUUUUUGGUGAAUCGAUAACAUGUGGUCAGCGCUAAAUACAGGUCUAAACGGUGUCUAAAACAUUUUGUGAUCGGAUCACAAAAACGACACACGAAUGUGGUCAAAAACGCAUUUGAGGUGUAAAUGCUAAAUCUGUCCUGUAUUCGUUUCGGCAGCAGCGAAGCGCAACCCCUCACCUGUCAGUCAACUGCUGCGCUAAAACAAGAGUUUAAACUUUGCCGGUUACAGUUAGUUUAAAAGGAAAUAACGGCCCGAUCAGAAUUUUUAAAAAAAGCGGAUACAUUAAUGAACACGAGAACUUCACUGAUCUUCUUCAGUGUGUCUAAUAUCAACAUGCACGGACACUUAUGAGAAGCACGAACAUCUGCAACUCAGGUUACUACAACUAAUGCACUAAAAUAAAAGGCAGUUCUGCUCGAAAUGUUGUGUUUGUACUUUAGAUUAAAUUUCCGCUGCAUUUAGGAGAAAUAGCAUGCCGUUUUUUUUUUUUUCGCACUUUCUUUGUCUUUUCUGACUUGAUUGCAGUUUAUUAUCAUGCAGUAACAUACCGACAUAGUGAUUAAUGUAUGUCGUCAUGAAACAGAGUCCCUUCCCUCCAAAUCCGAUCAUAAAUGUCAGAGGAGACUCAUUUAAGUGACCAGGUGUAAACAGCGAUGUGUCUCGCCUGACCACAUGUGAUCGGAUCACCCGAGACGCAUCUUAAUACCAGGUGUAAACGGGGUCUAAAGACUGCAACACUCACGCUUGAACAGGAACUGUCAAACAACAGAGCAAGAUGAGACGCAAUGACCAGUCUGUAUUCUUUAAAUGAAUUUAAAGAAGCAAAUAUUAAAAUGAACUCUGAAAUAUACACUAUUUAUCAUCAUGACCAUCACUAGCAUGUAAAGCCGGCACCACACUUGCAGACUCCUAACAACUCUGUUUUGGCUGAAAGUUUCACACUUGCAAACUGUUUUGCUGAGAUCUCACUCUUUUUAGUUGGAUGUGUGACAUGUUUGCUGAUUAAGAAUGGUGGAGGGGUGACAGACAUACCAACUCACCGCAGCUCUCUCUCUGAUUUCCUGUCAUGUGGAUCACAAGUAUCCUCUGAGCUUUAACAAUGUGAAUGCCUAUCUUGCUUUGGAGGGAGAGGGUUUCAUGGAAAUGAGGAUCAAACACCUGGAGAAAGUAGGGGAGGUAGAGAAGGCCCUGAUCCUCAACAAAGCCUGUGCUAACUGUAGCCUCCUGCCCAACCAGGCCACCUUUCGGCAAACCUUUGUCACCCAACUGUGCCAGCAGCUCCCUAGUGAGGAAGCAAUUAUAGAGAUUUCUAGAAUAGAUGGGAAAGAUGUCCUGGACAUUAUUUGCAACAUGGACACUGAAGGAGAUGAGAACACAGCCUUGAUCCUGUGCACCACCUAUUUGACACAACAGCUACAGAAGGAGAGCUUGUACUGCACCUGGGAGUUAAUCCUUCUUUGGAGCAAACUGCAGAGAAGAAUUGAUGAGUCCCUUGAAUCAUUUCUUGAACGGUGCUUGCAGUUUGGAGCCAUUGCCAAGACUAUCUACCCUCUUCUUUUCCUCAUUCGUGUAAUUCAGACAGAGACAAUGCACCUUGGCCUAGCAGUAUCAGUUGAACUGUGUGUGAAAGCUCUUCAGCUUCCAAAGCAAGAAGAUGUAGACUCUAAAACAAUGGUCUGCAAGAUGGUUGCCUGUCUCCUUCCUGAGGAUCUGGAGAUGAUACGGGCCUGCCAGCUCACAGAAUUCCUCUUAAGCCCUGCUCAGGAGUCUUUUGAUGUUCUUAAGGACCUCUACACACAUCCUGAUCAAAAAUAUGAUGAGGAAAAUGCCAUUAUUCCAAAUUCCCUGCGCUGCGAACUGCUACUUGCUCUGAAAGCACACUGGCCCUUUGACCCUGAAUUUUGGGACUGGAAAACUUUGAAGCGGCACUGCAUUCGAUUACUGGGGCUAGAACCUGAGGAGGAGGUGGAGGAUGAAGCAGCAUCCGAGGAGCUGUAUAAUCUAGAAGCAGUUUUGAAUGAAGAGGCAGAGGAGGAGGGAGAUAAGUGUGAAAUCAAUGGAUUUAGCAGCAAUGAACAAGAGCAGACAGAGGAAAAAACAGUUUCAACAAAGGAACAAAAAGUCUUGAAGAAAAAAGCACAAGGUCUUAAAUGUCAGAAGUAUAAGUUUCUCUGCCAGAUAUGCCAUAAAGAAGUGGUUGAGUCACGAAUCUGUCACCACACCAAAAAACAUAUGGAGAAUGGUGUGUGGAGGUGCCCUAUAUGUCUACAAGAGUUCAAAAUUCGAAAGGAGUUUGUGGCACACUCUAAAAAACACAUUAAGAUGCCUACAAAGGCCCGUCACUGGAAAAAGAAAAAAGUAAAGAAGAAGGUGGACCAGAAAAAAGAUUUUAAAGAGAAUGGUUUCGAUGACCUAGAGCCUGGUCAAAUUCCUUUAGACCCUUCCCUUGCCAUGUACUAUCAGUCCACCCAUGACCCUGUUGUAUUAGAACAUAUAUUAGAGCAAGCAGCUAGUGUGCCUAAAAACCAAGAAGAAAAUGAUUUUAUCACAUUUGACUACAUCAACACAUACUUCAAAUUACAGGAUCGUGAUGUUUACCAGUGUCCAGCCACUGGCUGCUCAAAGAAUUUUAAACUUUUCAAGUACAUGGGUAUACACAUAAAAAAUGAGCAUGAUAAUGAUGACCCCAACUUAAAACAUUAUCUGGAGAUGAAAGAUCGGCGGGAGAAGUGCACUUUUUGCCGGAAAACCUUUAUGACUGGCUACCACCAUCGCAAGCACCGUCGGGUCCAUUAUGGAGAUCAUCCUUUUACGUGUGUGGUCACCGGAUGUGGCGCUCAUUUUAACGCCACCAAUGAACUCCUUGCGCAUAAACAUAGUCAUGGGUAUCAUUUGUCCUAUGGCUGCGAGUUGAAAGGCUGCAGUUUCUCAUACUGUGACCUUGGGCAGCUCUACCACCAUGAGGCACAGCACUUCCGCGAUGCUGCUUAUACUUGCACCAGUCCAGGUUGCAAGCAAUUUUUCUACUCACGCAGAGAAUUUCUAAAACACUUGGCCACUCAUAACAUCACUUUCACAGAGGAAGACUUUGAGAGGCAGAGAAAAAUGAAAAGAAAACUUUUGCUCCCAAAUGUAAAAGAUGAUAGGGGCUCUGAGUCAAAGGCGGAAUUAGAGAAUGGUGUCCAAAAAAGUGGUUCAAGUUUAUCAUCGCAGCCCUCGGAAUGCAAAGAAUCUAAGGCUUCAUUGACAUGUGUUGCUGUCUGCUUUGAUGGCAAAAAAUUCACCUGUGGCCUAAAAAGGUGUGGAAGGACCUUCACUAACACCAGAGAACUUCAUAAGCAUUUGAAAAUUGCCCAUGCAGACAAAUUUAAUGAAGAGGAUCAAAUUUGCAAAAAAAAAGUACAAGCAAAGCAUUUGAAGACUCAAACUAUUGAAAUGCAUAAAAAUGGCCAGGGUAAUGGGUCAUCUACAGAGGAAUCUACUCAAGAAAAGGCUGUCUCACCUGCAGCUGGUUCUGUAUAUUGUGACACAACCCUUUUAGACACUGAACUUGGUGCAACGCUAACUGAGAUCAUGCUUGGAUUAAGUCAACUAAGCCUUAUUACUCCUAGCACCAGAUAUGUUAGGCGUAACUCACAGAGAACUGUUUCAGGAUCUAACACGCCAUUGCUCACUUGCCUCUCUACCUUGAAUGCAAGAUCACCAGCCAAAGCAACAACAAACAACACAACUGAGCUGAGAACUCCUGUGGAAGGUAGUGAUUCAAAGAGACCUGCCAAAGCAACAACAAACAACAAAACUGAGUUGAGAACUCCUGUGGAAGGUAGAGAUUCAAAGAGAUCUGCAAAAGCAACAACAAACAACAAAACUGAGCUGAGAACUCAUGUAGAAGGUAGUGGUUCGAAGAGACUGCCCAGCAAAACAGAAUCACCACAAACACCUGAUAACAUUAAAGAAUCCGUGUUGAAGUAUGAACCACAAAGUGAGAUCCUUGUGAAGCCUCCAACCAAGCCAUACACCUGUGAAGCAAAAACCUGCCAAUACCAGAGUGUUACUAGCUUUGAUUUAAUCCAACACUAUAUAACGUUUCAUGGUUGCUCUUUGGAGGAGGUGAAUCAGAUGGAGGUGUUUCAAUCUCAAACACUGAAGCCUUUCAAAACACUUGAUGAUAAUGUUAGAGAUUCUGUCUUUGAGAAGGAUCAACCACAAAAUGAGUUCCUUGUGCAGCCCACAACCAAGCCUUAUACCUGUGAAGCUGACAAUUGCCAUUACCAGAGUGUUACUAGUCGUGCUUUAAUGCAGCACUAUAUUAAGGUCCACCAUUACUCUGAGGAGAAAGUGAAAGAAAUGGAGGUGUUUCGGUCUCAAACAUUCAGGCCCUUCCAGUGCCAUCUUUGCUCCAAGUGCUACAAAAAUAAAAAAGGGUUGAGGGUCCAUUAUAUGCAGAUGCAUGACAUAACUAAAGCAGUUGUUGAACAGAUGAGUUGCUCUUUUAAAAAGAAGCUGGGUGAUGAGGCACCCUUGUUGUCCUCAUCCAAAAUAAAGAAGAGAAAGAAGUCACAGUCAUCGAAAAUGGAUGAGGUUAAAUCCCAAAGAAGAGAUGCGUGCAAAUGGCAACCGAGAUGCCAAAAAGGAAAUGAACAAUUGUGGAAAAAGAAACUAUGUAGGAAAAAUGACAAAGUUAAAGCUAAAGAGAAAAGGCAGAGCAGCGGCAUUUUAUCAUCACCACAGCAGGUCAUUUCUGAGACUGAUGCUAAUGUAAACCAUUCAAAGAAUGAUGGUAGUGGAAGCCACCGCUUGGUAGCAAAAGAAAACCUAAGCUACAUCCUCAGCAAAUACAACAAACACUUUACCUGCACACACAAGAACUGCAAAGCUGCUUUCACCAAUCAGAAAGGUCUUGUUGGCCACCUUCAGUUUGUGCACCACUCUAAUUGCUCACAGUUGUGUUUCCCAUGUGAACACAAUGGAUGCAGUAAGCAAUUUAACCACUAUUCAAGUCUUACUAGCCACUACCGCCGAGUGCAUAACCUUACCAAAAAGGAAAUUCCCUCAAAAACAUCCUGCAAUGGAAAUUCAAAGAGCAUACCAAAAAGACAAACAGCCACAUUGGAAGAGCCCAUACCAAGAUAUAAAUGCACCUAUGCUAACUGUAAUGAAUCAUACCAUCUCAACAGCAGCCUCUUGCGGCACACAAGUCAGUUUCACUGGAACCAGCCUCUCCCAAAUCCAGUUGCCACAGCUGUGAACUGUGAGUUUAUCCCAAGCUAUAAAAAACACGUGUUCUAUAGGUACUGUGAUCCAUCAGAUUCCCUUGUGGUGCGUCUUCAAAGUACACCUAAGAAAGAGUCAAAUAGUGGAUGCCAAACUAAGCUGAUCAUCUCACCCUCCUCUCAAUUCUCAAAAGACUCUCAAAAGCUAACUCUCAAGCAGUCUUUAAGAUGCUGCCGCAAAGGCCAGGAACUUCAUCAAUCUGAGAAGAACUUUGAGUUGAUUGAAGAAACAGCAGAAGAGGAGCCGGCUAAAGUAUCUAUAAAACCAACAUCCAAAACAAGUGGAAGAUUUGACCUGAUUUUCUUCCGAACACAUGAGGAGGCUUUGCAGAUGUGCCAAGAUCGCUGUCUACCAAUGGCCUUUCCUUGUAUGAUACAGAACUGUGACUCUGUGGUCUCGUCUAAACGUAGUUUGCAACGACAUUACAUGAGGUGUCACAAAGUUGCACGCAAACUGUUGGAUGAUAAUAAGGACAAGUUGUUUUACACUAUUGAAAAACUAGAGGAGAUUAUACAAAAGAAAUCUGCUGUUUCUGCAAUACCUGAUUUAACACAGAUUCCAAAUGGUGUCCUCAAGAUGGAGUAUCAAGCAGAGCCUUCGACCCCAGGUGGCCCAUCACUGCCAAUGAGCCUCCAUUCAAUCAAAACCGAUUCAAAGGGGCAGGAGGUGGGCGAGUAUUCAGGGGAGCCACUCCCUGACAGCAAUUUGCUUAUUGCCGCAGAUGAUUUGCUCUAUGGGGAAUCAAGUGGGCAUCCUGCAGAGCCUAUUUCUGAGAAGAGUCAAAGCCAUGAGGAGAGGUCAGAGUCAAGCGCACCUCCCCUUAUACGUCCACCACCGCUGGACCUCUCGCCACCCUCUACCCUCAGAAUAGCUGUUGAUGAAAGUUCAUUUGAACCCUCUAGUAAAGACAGUUAUAGUAAAUCCAUUAACAUUCCUUCCUCUGUUUCCAUAUCAGUUCCGACCCCAACCCGGCAACCUCUCCGAUGGAAGAAUGAACUCUCUGAAGCACCUACCCUGGUUCCUCAUUCACCAAUCUCAAUGGAUCCCCGAACUCUCAAUCUAGCCCCACGAGCUUUUGACAUUACAGCUUACAAACCAGUUGGCUUUGAGUCUUCAUUCUUGUCAUUUAUUAAGGAGAAGGAAGAAGAGGUUAAUUAUGACAAGCAGUGGACUGCAGUAGUUCCUAAUCCUUGCCUCAAGCCAGAUCUACCUCGCCGGAGAGAUUGUUUACGACGGAACUGCUCAGUCAAGGAGAACAAUGAGAGAGGAGCCACAAUCUCUCGAAGCCACAGGUCUCAAUCACCUCUGAGGCAUUUGAUCUCUAAAGGGGAGUGUACCUCGAUCCAGAAUCUGCGACUCAUUUUGGAGAGGGCUUUGAGGGGCUUUGGUGACCAAGCUAUAAAACAGCUACAGUUCUUGAAACCUGUGGUGGUUCUAGAGAGGCCCAAGUCCUCUGCCUCCAUUUUUGAUCUGUUACCCUCUGAAACAAAAGCUUAAGCUGCUACUAGGCACUAGGGCAGUUAAAACUCUUGCCCACCUUUUUUUAUUUGAAAGACUUUCAUAGUAUUUUUAUAUCAUGGUUACAAUUUUGGUUCUUUGCUGUCAGGGUUAGGUACCUUGUUUAAUUUGUGAAUGUUUAUGUGUAUAUAAGGGUAAAUGGGGAAAAAAUAAAAACAAAUGAAAUUUUGAACAAUUAUAUUCUGUUUCUAGUGUUGUCAUAUCUGAUGGCUCAUCUUUUGAAAAUGAUUCUGAAUCUUCCACAGUCUUCAUGAGUUAAAAAGGAAGGCACUCAAGUAGGCCUGUCACGAUAACUACUUUUGUUGGACGAUAUAUUGUCCCAGAAAUAAUUGCGAUAAACGAUAUUAAUGUCAUUUUAAGACCAUUUUAUGCCACUGAUAUAAUAAAAUAAUAGCAUAAUAAUGCAAGUACACCCUUUCAAAGAGCAAAUGAACUUUUAAUCUUAAGAAUAUUCAGAAAUUGGAAUUUAAAUGUCAAAAAAAAAAAAAAAUUAAAAAAAAAAAUUUAAAUCAUGAAGGCCCCUCUCCAUCUCCAACUGCGGUUUUUGUUCCCAGCCCAGAAAACUGGAUGGGAUUUUUAUGUUUUAGAUGAGCUUUUAAGUUAGUUGUAUUGCCACUUUUCGUUGCCACUGUUUUAAACGAAGUCUGCAUACCGGCUCGUUCACGUUAAUGGACUCUCCUCUCUCAUUCGCCUUAAAGCUAAAUGUUCCCACACCGGAGCUGUGGAUUGCGGCUUUGAAACCAAGUCCAUUUGGACUUAUUCUUCCAAACUUUCUGGCUGGAAUUAUGCAGUUGUCGGGAAAAAAACUAUUACAGGGCUCGACUUUAAUCAUCAACAUGUGCUUGUCCUUCGGACAAGUAAAUAGAUCAUUCACUUGUCCAAGAAAAAAAGUUACUUGCCCGGAGACAAAAACAAAAGGCAUAGGAAAGGGGAAAAAAAGAAAAGCCUCCGUCGUCAUAAUUUACACCUGACAGGGAUUACGAACACAGUGCAGAAAGACAGUAAAUCAUUACCAACCCUCAAGUCUGUAUGAAUUUCUCUCUUCUGAGGAACAUAGAAUUCACUGUCCCCAUCAAAUAAAAGUGGAUUGAGACCGAAACUAACAUUCUCCCUAACUUCUUUUGAGUUCCACGAAAGAUACAAAGUCAGACCGGUUUGGAACAACAUUAAGGCGAGUAAUGAUGACAGAAUUUUUGGUGACAUUUUACAAUAAGGUUCAUUAACAUUAGAUAAUGCAUUAGCUAUGAUGAACUAACAAUGAACAAUAUUUUACCGCAUUUAUCAAUAUUAGAUUGCAAGUCAAAUUCUCUUUAACUUGCCCUUUCAAAAUUUCCACUUGUCCCGGACAAGCGUUAAUGUCGAGUAACACGUAAUCGUCACCUGUCGCUGUCCGCUGUGUGUGUGGAAGAGCUGAGCCCCACCGAAAAAAAAAAAAAAAAAAAAAAGAGAGGAGAGGACAGAGGCAACGCGACUAGCUAAAAUGUUGGUGACAUUUAUUCUUAUGUAAACAAACACGCAUGUAAACAAAGUGGGCAAUAUCGAGGUCAUGUCCAUAUAUCGUACGAUAAGUCGAUAACGUAAUUAUCGUGACAGUCCUACACUCAAGCAGAUCCAGUCGCACUGGUUAUUGUGCAGAGUGUCUCACAGGGUACAGUUACAUCAUGACAAGUGCUCUUUAGGUAAAUAUGUGCAUUUCCAUAAUCAGGUCAAAAAAUUACAUGUUCUGAAUCGCACUGUUCUACACCGAACCUGCUUUGCUGAGAGUUAUGGUUUCAUUUUUUCAUUGUGGUGCUGCAAAACCAACCAAUCGUGUGUUGCCAUGUCUCUAAAGUCAUUCCACCAGCAUAGAUGACCUAAGUGCUAAGAAAUCUGUUCAGGGAACGGGUUGUAAUCCUACCAUACCAAACUCUGUUCUGAUGGAAAUGCUGCUGGUGCUGUGACUUGUGUGCUCAGAAUGGUUUUGCCUGAUGAUGGAAAUGCACUCAUUUUUUUUUCCUCUUUUGUUUUUUUUUUUUUUUUUUUUUUGUAAAUGACAUUGGGUGUAUACAGUUUAUCAUGAUUUGUUUGUUGGCUUGAAAUUCCUUUGCUAUUGAUAAGGUACUAGACAAAGAAAAGCAUACCCAGACAUGACUAGAAUUGUAAAUAAAUUAAUAAACUUACAAAUCAUACUGGGAAAGCAUUGCUUGUUAAGGAGGUUAACAGAAAGGUCUGGAUACAUCGGCCUUUGAUUAGGUGACCGAUAUUCAUCCUCAAAUGGUAAGCCCAAAAACACUAACUAUGCAGUACAUGGUUUUACUCUCCCACCUGUG